AAUAACUGGGCUUUAAAAUCACCAGGUCCAGUGGCUUGAAUUUCCCCUGUAAUAGUGUGGAGAAGUCAUUUCAGCUUACUCCAGACACACACACAUUUUUAGUCAUCUCUAGAUACCACGCAGUGGGUCCAGAGCCUGGAAAGGGCACAGAGGCCACAUGUGUAGUCAGAGGGACACCUCUGUGCAGAAAUGACGGCAGCUUGAGUUCCUCCACUCCCUCAGACGGAGGGUGCUGAGCUUUCUUUGAGGAAGUGGCCAGAGCAGAGCUGUCUCUGGCUUUCUCGGAUGUCUUGACUCACAUUGUGACUCUGGCUGCAGACACUGUGGCAGUUGACCUCAGAUUUGAUGGCUCAGGGAACUUGGUUCCAACUGUUAGGCACCAGCUGUUGUAAGUUCUUCCUUGGACUUGCUGCUGUUUCCAAAGUCUCUUCCUGGAAAACGCAACUCACUACUGGUUGGACUGGCAGAAAGGAUCUGGUGGUGAGGAGCCAAGCCAGCCCCCAAGACCAUGAACUUGUCCUCUGAGCACUGCAACAUAUCUGACUGGCUGAGACUGGAGGCAACCGUGAAGGCCUCUGUGUACGCGGUGGCUUUCUCCAUUGCCACAUCCAUCACCGUUGUCAUUAUUGCGAUAGUGUCACAGAAUCUGCAGCUGAGGAAAGAGGUCCGACUGGUCCUCCUUUGCCAUCACCUGCUGUGUAUCUCCUCCUACUGUGGCCUGGGGGUCGUCUUCCAAGGAAUGCGAGCCUUGCUGGCCAACAGCCCCCUGCUGCUGUGCUGGCUGGUAUUUGGGGCACAGCUAAGUGUGGGAGAAGGGAUCCUCCUUACUCUGGCCUUGAUGGCUCUCAACACUUACCUUGUCAUUUGUUAUCCCCUGAACUCCCCGUCCUUUGUAGAUUCUGCCAAGUACAGGAUUCUGGCUGGGUCCUGGACCACUGUUAUACUCAAGAAUGUUGGCUUAUUCCUCAUAGAGGGCACUAACCCUACCCCAGCCUCUGUUUUCCAGUCUGCCCCGCUCUGUCCUGUGAUCUUGAAUGGUACGCCUGCCAGAGUCAUCGGCGUGUUUUCCCUUGUCCUUCCUUUAUCUGUCAUUCUUGUGAGUUACUAUCUGAUAUACCGAGAAGGGAAGCAGGCUGGCCAUUUUAACAGAUCAAACAUCAAGGCCAGGAGAACUGUCCUCGUUCAUCUACUGCAGAUCAGCUUACACGUGAUACCCACCCUAAUGUUUAUAGGUUUGGGAAAGCAGUGCGGAUCGUUUUUCUUUGCUUUAAAUCUGGUGCUUUUUGGUGUCUUCGCAUUUGCACAGUGUUUCAACCCUUUGGUCUAUGGACUCUGCAACAGAGACCUGCAGAGAAGAUUGUACCCUUGGCUUCGCUGUCAGAAGAAGCAGCAGGGAGCUGGCUUACACAAAACUUUAGUUCUUCAGAGUAACUCCAGACUUGAUAGGUGUGUCAGCUAGGGCUGAGAACUCACCUUGUGUGCAACCCAAAACUGUUGCUUUGAUUUGAUUUUGAAAGUACUGAGACUUCUCUGCUGCAUCUCGGUGAGGUCAGCUCGUGCUAUAACUCGAAACCCAGAUGAGCACUUGUUAGUUAUUUAGCUGCGUUGUGUUCUUACCCUGCAAGGAAACGUCACGAAACACGACAGAAUCCGCUUAUA